AUGCGCAGGCCGGCGGGCGGGCGGGCGGCGAUGGUGGCGUCGUGGUGCCGGUGAGCGGAGGGGACGGGACGGGACGGGCAGCGGAACACAACACAACACAACACCGCGCCCUGUGGAUUACAGCGCGAGUAAUUACCGCCAUGGAUUGACGAGCGCUCGGAGGAUCAGAGGCGGGGGCAGCUAUCGGGCCGCUCGCCAUGAAUAUCGACGUGGAGUUUCACAUCCGCCAGAACUACCCGUGGGCCAAGCUACCGGGCAACGUCAAGCAGAGUCUCGGGAACUCUCAGCGCGAGUAUGAGAAACAGGUUCUGCUUUAUAGCAUCCGCAAUCAGCUGCGAUAUAGAACUAAUUUGGUUAGAUGCAUCAAGAAAGAUGAACGCAAAUACUAUGAAGAGCUAUUUAAGUAUAGCAGAGAACAUCUCAUGUUGUAUCCAUACCAUUUAUCUGACAUCAUGGUGAAGGGAUUGCGGGUCACACCCUUUUCCUAUUAUAUAGGAAUUAUGGAGGAUAUCAUGAAUAGUGAAAAAAGUUAUGAUUCGUUACCUAACUUCACAGCUGCUGAUUGUCUUAGGCUUCUGGGAAUUGGAAGGAACCAGUAUAUUGACCUUAUGAAUCAAUGUAGAUCAUCUAAAAAAUUUUUCAGGAGGAAAACUGCUCGUGACUUGCUGCCAGUGAAGCCUGUAGAGAUUACUAUUGAGCCAUGGUGGGUGGUUCAGGCUGGUUUUAUCACAGAGGAUGAUAUCAAGCUUUGUUCUGGGCCUGAAAAGAGUUCUAUUGAUAAAAUUAUUGAUUCGGGACCUCAGUUGGUUGGAAUAUUGGAACACAAUGUGGUUCUUGGUUUGUAUAACAAAGGCUUCAUUUACCUUGAUGUACCAAUAUCUGAUGACAGCUGUAUUGCAGUUCCACCAUUGGAAGGUUUUGUGAUGAACAGGGUGCAAGGUGAUUACUUUGAAACGCUUCUCUACAAGAUUUUUGUUUCUAUCGAUGAACAAACCAAUGUUGCAGAGUUGGCAAAUGUGUUGGAGAUAGAUCUAUCCCUUGUGAAGAAUGCAGUGUCAGUAUACUGUCGGUUGGGCUUUGCACAUCGAAAAGGACAAGUUAUAAAUGCCGAUCAGCUUCACCCAACAUGGAGGAACGUUCCAUCAAUCAACAGAUUAAAAUGUGCAAUGGAUCCACAGAAGAUGCUGCUGUCAUGGGAUGGGAUGGAAAAUCGGAGUCCUGUGCAUGAUACAACAACAACAGAGACAGAUGCAACUAGUCAGGAUGAUGUGGCUGACUCUGCCAGUGUGAAUAGUUUAAACUUGCCCAGUGGACACACAAAAAGAAUUGCAUUCCUGUUUGACUCAACCCUCACAGCGUUUUUAAUGAUGGGAAAUCUUUCACCGAACCUAAAGAGCCACGCUGUGACUAUGUUUGAAGUUGGAAAGUUAUCAGAUGAGUCUCUGGACAGUUUCCUAGUAGAACUUGAAAAGGUUCAGAACACUGGUGAGGGCGAGGCACAGAGAUACUUUGAUCAUGCACUAACUUUGAGAAACACUAUUCUCUUUCUACGACAUAAUAAGGACCUGGUUACGGAUGAUGAACAGCCAAGCAAUGGUUUUCCACUGGAUCUGUUACGUUGUGAAAGUUUGUUGGGAUUGGACCCUGCCACCUGCAGCAGAGUCCUAAACAAGAAUUACACUCUGUUGGUCUCCAUGGCUCCACUCAGCAAUGAAAUCCGACCAAUAAGCAGCUGCACACCACAGCACAUAGGGCCAGCCAUCCCAGAAGUUAGUUCAAUCUGGUUUAAACUCUACAUCUACCAUAUUACUGGACAAGGACCUCCAUCAUUAUUACUUACGAAAGGAUCAAGGCUUAGAAAACUUCCUGACGUUUUACAGAGAUAUGACCGGUUACUUAUAACUUCUUGGGGACACGAUGCUGGUGUUGUUCCUACUUCAAACGUGCUCAGCAUGCUGAAUGAUGCCCUCACACAUUCUGCUGUAUUAAUACAGGGUUAUGGUAUCCAUGGUGAUGGAGAAACUACGUACAUUCCAUUUCCCUUCGAUGAAGUGGAGAUAAAUGGAGAAUUUUCCCGGAGUAAUAUGUGCUCACACAGAGCUUUGAAAGUGUUGAGGGAAAAAGUGGAUCUGGAACAUUUCUGUGGGUUUGUGAACAUGGUGAACCCUCGAGCUUGCCGCUAUAAUGGCAGACGAUCCAGUGAGGACCUGGAUGAGAAAGAAGAAUUUGAAUCCCCAUCUGGCUCUGUUCAAGGCAGCACAGAAUCAUUUGAGUUAGUGGCAGAUGAGCCCGUGGCUGAUUCUGGAACCAAAAGAACUGGUGAAGUUUCCACUGUGGAGCAGGAUUGGAUUCCUCUGGAGGUCUGCUUCGGGAUCCCGCUCUUUGUUUCAGAACUGAACAGACAUGUUUGUAGGAAGAUUGCGGCGCAUGGAUUGUGUGGGAAGGAGAACCUUCUGAAACUUUUGCAUUCCAGUAGAAAGCUAUCUCUGCAAGUCCUCAGCUUUGUACAGUCAUUCCAGGAAACCAGCGACUCGGAUAGUGGUGUAACAAAUUUAUUUCCCUACACAUCGUCCAUUGAUGCAGGAGUUCCUCUUCCAGCUAAGAGCCUGAUCUUCAAAGAUGGAGUCUUGUCUGAAUGGGUUGGACGUUCUCACUUACCUGUACAUAUUGCAAGAUUGCACAAGGAGCAAACUAAUUGAACUCAUUUCUAUUGUUAUGAUACUGCACACCUCAAUAAGAAAGUUAGAUCUGUUUGUUUCAUUUCUUCUAUACUUGGCUUUUCACUUCUUCCUUUCUAACAGUUCUCUCUUUUCUCUCUCCCUCAUAUCUCACCCUCUUUUCUCACCCUUUCAAUUUUCUUCCCAUCACUUCUCUCCCUCCCUCUCUCUCUUCUCCUGCUCUUUUCUCUCCCCCCCCUCUUUUCUCUACCCUCUAUUCCCUCUCUCUCUUUUCUCCCCCUCCCUCUCCUUUCCCUCGCUUCCUAAAGAACUAAAUGCUGAUCUAAAUUGAUGUGGUUAUUUAGCACCUUAAUAAUGUUUUAAAAAUAAGCUCUGGGCUCUUAAUGAUUUAAACUUCUUAGGAAAAUGGUGGAAAAAAAUCACUUCUGAACAUAUGUAUAAAGAAUCACUUGGUAUUUCCACUUGAAACUGUUGGAUAAAUAUAUGCAGCUUUUUCUCUGAAUCAGUAUUUGGAACCGCAGGUUGUAGAGGCUAAUAUUGAAAAAGUGUUAUAUGGUGCAGAGCAACUUCAGACAACGGUGAUUACGAUCUAUACUACCAUUGAUCGAAUCUAAGUGGGAAUCAAUUUUCUUCUUUUUUUCCCCUUCCUACCCAGAGAACUGACUAAAGCAACAUUUGGUUGUCUGGUUGUGGGCCCAUUACUAUUGGGCAGCAUGUAUGUUGGUCAUUGUUGUAAUCUAAUUCCAUUGGCUAAAGGUUUAGCUUGAAAGUGUUCAUUUACACACCUCAUCCCAAAUCAAAUUGGAAUCUAGUCUCCUGAAGAAUCCUCUUGCAACAGUUUAACUUACUGAAUGUUGAUUGAAGUGCUAAGUUUGAGAUUGAGAUCAUUGUACUAAAUAUCCAUGGCAUUAAUUGGUGUAAAACAAUGCCAUGCUACAAAUAUUGCUUCAAAAUGUGAUUGAAAAUAGGAAGCUAAGAAUAAGCUGUUGGUUUGAUCUGGUGUGCAGAUUUGCCAACAAGUACAGCCUCUAGUUUUGUUUGUUUCUGAAAUAUAUCAAAUACUAUAAUAGUAUAUGAAAAGCGUUACAGUAUUGAAACAUAUAUUAAAUUAUAUGGAGAGACCAGGAGCAACGUUUCAAUUAAGCAUUUCUAUCAAAUACAAUUGAAGUCCUAUUAUAUUUUUUGACAACACAGAAGGAGGCCAUUCAACCCCUCUAGUUGCACACCCAACAAUCCUGUCCCUCCUUUGUUUUCUGGAUACCCUCUGCUGAAGCUGAUUGAAAGAUAUCUUGAAUUUUGCAAAUUUUGCUUAAUGUUUAAAACCAAAACUGUUUUGGGAGAUAAAGUAACAAACAAAACUUGACAAACAGAGGGAUAUUUUCUCCGUUGAACCCUAUUGCAGUUUGUCCAUGAGCUGUUUGAACUGCUACUUAAAUUUGAUUUUAUUCUUCCUGAAGUAUUUAGUUAUCUGAUCUAAAUCUUUGGAAAAUGAAUUAUCCAAGUGGCUGAUUUGCUCUGACUGUCUCAGUAACAACAAACUGCAUCUACACUAGGACAGUUACCUUGGCAAUGAUUUUGCCCACAGUUCUGGGACCAGUAAUGCUGUGCAUAUGAUGCUGAAUGGAGUCCUAUUAGUAACCAAAUAUAUUAAACCACCUUUGUACAUCUGUGUAUUUGUCAUUGGUAGUUCACCUGUUAUUGAAAUGCUCUGUGUCAUUGUAAUUUCACAAAUAACCCUUAUCUAAUUUUCAUUCCUUUCAUAUCUGGAUGCCCAAAUAAUUAUCUUAGCAAUAAGUGCUAUGAAGUAUAAGAAUAUAAACCAUGGAAAUGUAUAUAUUAAUAUAGGCAUCAAGUGUGUGUGUUCACUAACUCUAAUUAUCUGUAAUGCCGGGCGGUGAUCAUUUCUCUUGUCUUAUUUUUCUGUGCACCUGUCAUGUUUUGCAUAAGCAAACGUUAAAUUCUUGUAGUCAUGCACAUUCCAAGUACUUCAAUUGAAGAUUUGACCCCUUGAAAUGGAAACAUUUUGAAUGGUGAGACUGUUGAUUCAAGGUAAAAGAAUAGUACCGUUGGAAAUUUAUUCUGAUAUUAUUUUGGAAGAAUAUUGCAAAUAAAUGUUAAUGAGAUUUGAUAA